AGUUCGGCAACGGAUGACGUAAGCCCAUGUGAAGUGAACGGGAUGCGUCUCCAGCACUGCCACGCAUGCAACUGUGAAUGAGCCGUCAGUCAUUGGUAUUGACCUACAGGGCAUGAAAUUGGCACACGCCAAAUGCCACGCCACACGCCAGUCAAGGCGCUUACUUCGAUGAAAACAUCGCAGUUGGAGAGGAUGAAGCUCCUGUUUAGGAACGUACACGCCAUCGGAAAGAUGAGACCUUUCUCCGACUACGUGUGGAUGUGCGAGUAAGUACCAACCUGCUUUAACGUUAGUAGAUAACUAAAGUACAACACAGUGACACAGUGCAAUGACUGCUAUGUUAUCGUUAACUUAACUCGUGUUAACUUAGCUGUGUGUGUGUAGGCUACGUGCCUGUGUGUGUACGUACGGUACAGUGUAGGCCUAUUAGUGCUAGGCUACGUAUGUGUGAUCAAGCUAACGUUAACUGUGAAUUGUCAUUCGUAUUUUUAGGGUUGAUGAACAGAAAGGGUUAGCUGUAGGGAAGACAUACAGAAAUGCAAAACAGGCCCCAAGUUUUUGUGUUCUAAAGACCAAAUCACCAGACACUGAAAAGGUCAAUGCCAGUCAACGGAACCAGGCACAAGGAUUCUGCAAGUGGGCAACAGAUGGAGCCACUCUGAAGUUUUGCUGCUUCAUGCAUGACACCUUGACUCAUCUUGGCAACCUGUCAGUGACACUGCAGCAGUCAUGUUUGACAGUGGCUGAUGUUGACAAUUGUCUUACUUCCACUCAGGCGGUGAUCUGCAAAUACAAAUCCAGGUACAUAUUGCUUACUGUUUGUAAUUUAAAAUGUGGUAUUAAUCAUUGCUUCACUUCCAAAAAUGUUCCUCCCCUUAAGGCCUUUGCACACAUAGUUCAAAUUUUAUUUUACCUCCAAAUAUGUGACCUCCCUUUCCUCUCCCUCUGCUGUAAUGACUCAUGAUUAAGCACAUGUAUUUGGAAGAUUUAUUCAAAUGAUACAGCAAUAACCUCAUUCACAGCAGUAUCCACUGAACCAUAUACAUAUGUUCACGGUGAUGGUAUUGUGAUAAAUAUAAUUAUAAAUUCUUGAUGUAAAGAAAACUUUAAAAUAAUUGUAAACUACAACUUCAUUUUGUAUUACAGACCUGGACCUAUGCUGAGCAAGGUGUUGGAUUCCAACAGCUACGAGGGUGUCAGGCUUAGCCCUAGUGACACCAGCCAAAUGAUGGCUAACAAAGACAAACUUCUGGACAAGCUGUCAGAAAGCAUGGACAACAGGUUUAGUGAUGUCAGGUCAGGAAUCCUGAGCAAUACGAAGAUAGUGAGCUUCCAACAAUGGCCUAAUGAAAAUAAUGCAGACUUUGGCGAUUCAGAGGUGGAGAGGCUCAUAGAUCACUUCAGGCCAGUAUUGAUCUCUGCUGGAGUUGAUGUUGAUCUGAUCCCAGACCAGUGGACCAUUGUCAAGUCCUACCUCUACAAGGAGCCAACGACCUUGGAGAGACUCACCUGGUCUGAAGCCAACCGGAAGCUGAGAGGAUCGUGCCCUGACAUCUUAGACCUUGUGGAUCUGGUGUUAUGCAUGCCAGCAUCCACAGCGGACUGUGAGCGUGGGUUUAAUGUGACGAAGAUGGUGAAGUCUGACUGGCGGUCUAGUCUCAAGUGUGAGACACUGUCUGACCUGCUCAUGGUGCACCUGUCCUCUCCGUCAAUAAAAGACUUUGAUCCAAGCCCAGUGGUCCAGUUGUGGCAUGCUAGCAGCCUCAUGGAAAAAACAGCUGCUGAAGUGGUGGAGGAAUCAGAGGGGAGUGUCUGCUCCUCCUCUUUUGAGGACUCCGAGACAUCAGUCUCUGCUCUAUGAAAGGGGUUUUCAAUCGUUGCCUGACCCUUUACAUUACAGUGUAAUAUGGUUUGGUUUCUGUUAAUUAUUAUGAUUGUUGUUGUUUAUCUAAAUGUUACUCAGUCAAAUAUUAGACUCUUAGUCUUGAAAAGCAAAAAAAAUGUUGAACCUGGAUACACUACAGUGACAUAGAAACAGUGAUGAAUUGCAGUUGGGUGUUAACUAAAUAAAUAAGACCAUCAGUGAGAUGAUUGGCUGUUUGUAUUUCUGUUAUUUUCUACAAGUAAAUGCCUGUCACACCAGGUCAGAUACAGUUGUAAGUCAUUAUGUAGGUCUAGUCAUAAAUGAGAUUAAGUUGGUUAAUAACUCGACAGGAGUUUAAUUUGUAUUCUGUACAAGUUCAAGAACCAUUCUUAUGCAUUUUCUGAGUUGUUCACCUUUAUUUUAGGCAGGAAAAAAAUUUGGCUGGUAAAAAACCUCUGUGGCAGGUGGCCCUGUUGACCUACCUACCAACCUAUCGGAGAGCGUAGCGCAUACCGUGUACAAUGUGAUAGCAAUAC